AUGGCAUCCCGGUUAGCCUUUUCCAGAUUUCUAUUACAAAAUGUCAACAAACAGCACUUUAAAACCUUGCAAACGCGGAACACCUUGGCUCGAAGUUAUGCGGCUGUAGCUGGCAGUACAGAACAUACACUCGAAGUUAAACGUAGGAUCGAGGACAAGCGAGAAAGAGCACUCCUCGGUGGUGGGCAGAAAAGAAUUGCCAAACAACAUCAAAAGGGAAAGUUAACAGCAAGGGAGAGAAUUCAAUUGUUACUAGAUCCUCAAUCAUUUGUUGAAUAUGAUAUGUUUAUGGAACAUGAUUGUACUGAUUUUAAUAUGCAGAAAGAAAAGUACCCUGGUGAUAGUGUAGUAACCGGUCGAGGUAAAAUUAAUGGUAGAUUGGUCUUUGUAUUUAGUCAGGAUUUUACUGUAUUUGGAGGUAGUUUAUCUGGUGCUCAUGCCAAAAAGAUAUGCAAGGUAAUGGACCAGGCUAUGCUAGUAGGGGCACCAGUUAUUGGCUUAAAUGAUUCUGGUGGUGCCAGAAUUCAGGAAGGAGUGGAAUCUCUGGCAGGAUAUGCUGAUAUCUUUCAGAGAAAUGUUAAUGCAUCAGGAGUUAUUCCACAGAUCUCAUUGAUUAUGGGACCAUGUGCUGGUGGUGCUGUCUAUUCACCAGCUCUUACAGAUUUCACAUUUAUGGUUAAAGACACAUCCUAUUUAUUUAUAACUGGUCCAGAUGUUGUCAAGUCAGUAACUAAUGAAGAUGUCACUCAAGAAGAACUGGGCGGAGCUAAAACACAUACAACAAUUUCUGGUGUGGCACACAAUGCAUUUGCAAAUGAUGUGGAUGCUUUACUCAAUCUGCGUGACUUCGUAAACUUCCUGCCUUUGAGUAAUAAAGAACCAUCACCAACUAGACACUGUACAGAUAGUCCUAAUAGAUUGGUACCUGGUUUAAACUCUGUUGUACCAUUAGAAACAACAUCAGCCUAUGAUAUUAAAGAUGUUAUAAAUGGGGUAGUGGAUGAAGAUGAUUUUUUUGAAAUUAUGCCCAAUUAUGCUAAAAAUAUAGUAGUUGGUUUCGGUAGAAUGAAUGGUAAAACUGUUGGCAUUGUGGGUAAUCAACCAAAAGUAGCUGCAGGCUGUCUUGAUAUCAAUGCUUCAGUGAAAGGUGCUAGAUUUGUAAGAUUCUGUGAUGCUUUCAAUAUUCCUAUUAUAACAUUUGUUGAUGUUCCUGGCUUCUUGCCUGGUACCAAUCAAGAAUAUGGUGGUAUAAUAAGACAUGGGGCCAAAUUAUUAUUUGCCUACGCUGAAGCUACUGUACCUAAAAUUACAGUCAUCACUAGAAAGGCAUAUGGUGGUGCCUAUGAUGUGAUGAGUUCCAAACAUUUAAGAGGUGAUAUUAAUUAUGCCUGGCCCACUGCUGAAGUAGCUGUAAUGGGAGCUAAGGGAGCUGUUUCUAUUAUAUUCCGUGGUGGUCAAAAUCAAGCCGAACAAGAGUUAGAAUAUAUUGAUAAGUUUGCUAAUCCUUUCCCAGCAACUAAUAGAGGUUUUGUGGAUGAUAUAAUUGAGCCAGAAUCAACUAGAAAGAGACUAUGUGAGGAUUUAGACAUUUUAGCUAAAAAAGACAGAAAGAAUCCAUGGAAGAAACAUGCUAAUAUGCCUUUAUAA